GUUGAGGCCAGCGUCGGUGGGCAAGUCGUUGGUCGAAAAUUUACCUGAACAAAAAAAUUUCGACUUUUUUUUUUUGCUCUACCAGCCUUUUCUUGUCAAACUGUAUUAGUGGGCAUUAUGAAGUUAACCACUGAUCUUAUUGCGAAUUCUCCUUCGCGAAUUAAUCCCGUAAAAGACCGCGAGUUGGUCUUACGAGACUUGAAAAUAGGUGCCAUCGAGAAUCUUGGUGCGACAAAGGAUCUCAACGACACCAUCGACUUUACGAAUAAUGAUCUGCGUGUCCUUGGCAAUUUUCCUCGUUUAACCAGACUGCAGCAUCUUUUAUUGGCUAAUAACCGCAUCAGCAAAAUCGAUCCACACAUGCACGAAUUUGUACCUAAUUUAUCGACCCUGAUUUUGACCAACAAUUCACUCCAAGAACUGGGCGAUUUGGAAGUAUUAGCACAAUUCAAGAAAUUGACCAAGCUCUGUUUAUUGGAUAACCCCGUGGCGAAAAAGCGAUACUACCGACUGUAUGUGAUUCACAAAGUUCCACAACUUCGACUUUUGGACUUCAACAAGAUUAAGCAAAAGGAGCGCGAAGAAGCAAAACAGCUGUUCGAAGGCACGGACGGUGUGGAUAACGAUCUUGCCAAGUCCAUUGCGGAGCAGAAAUCCAAAGCACUCGAUAUAGCAGAAGCGACUCGUGAAACACAAAAGGGUGGACAAGGUCUGACGGCUGAUGAGCAGAUGAAGAUCAAGGAGGCUCUCAAACAAGCAACAUCGCUUGACGAAAUUUCACGGCUGGAAAGAGUAUUAAAGGCAGGCCACGUACCAAACGAAAAGCCAGCAUCACGUAACAACAAAGUCGGUGAGGAGGAAGAGGAAGAGUAAAAUAUCCUGUAUUCAUUAUGGAGCGGAAAAAGAAAGCACAAACUGAAAGCAAUACAUGCUAUCUUGAAGAAAAACGGUAAUAAAGCUUUAUGCCUUUGGUUCGCAUAAUAGAGAAAUAUGACGUUCAA